CAGCAACUGUAGAAAACGCCCAGGUCCGUCCCCUUUUUUGUGGAAUCUGAGUGAGCCCUCACAGAGUUCGCUUCCCCGCUCUAAAACCGGAUCACCAUGGCAACCAGACUGAAAUUGAUGAAAGCAAUUAGAGUUUUUGAAUUUGGUGGACCGGAAGUGCUGAAACUCCAGUCAGACGUGGCAGUACCAACUCCAAAAGACCAUCAGGUUUUAAUCAAGGUCCAUGCAUGUGGUGUAAACCCAGUGGAAACAUAUAUUCGUUCUGGUACUUACAGGAAAAAACCACACUUACCCUAUACUCCUGGUUCAGAUGUGGCUGGGGUAAUAGAAGCUGUUGGGGACAAUGUAUCUUUCAAGAAAGGUGAUAGAGUUUUCACUACUAACACCAUCUCUGGGGGCUAUGCCGAGUAUGCUCUUGCAGCAGAUCACACUGUUUACCCACUGCCAGAAAAACUGGACUUUAAACAAGGAGCUGCCAUCGGUAUCCCAUAUUUUACCGCUUAUCGCGCUCUGCUCCACAGCGCCCGUGUCAAAGCUGGAGAAAGUGUUCUGGUACAUGGGGCUAGUGGAGGAGUUGGACUGGCAGCAUGUCAGAUUGCUAGAGCUUAUGGUUUAGAGGUUCUGGGCACAGCUGGUACUGAGGAAGGACAAAACAUCGUUUUGCAAAAUGGAGCCCAUAAAGUGUUUAACCACAGAGAACGUAAUUAUUUUGAUAAAAUUAAGAAAUCCAUUGGUGAAAAAGGAAUUGAUGUGAUCAUUGAAAUGUUAGCUAAUGUAAAUCUUAAUAAUGAUUUGAAACUUCUAUCACAAGGAGGGCGAGUAAUAGUUGUGGGCAGCAGAGGUCCUAUUGAGAUAAGCCCACGGGACACCAUGACAAUGGAAUCUAGUAUAAUUGGGGUUUCUCUCUACUCAUCAACUAAGGGGGAAUUUAGGCAAUAUGCAGCAGCCCUUCAAGCUGGAAUGGAAAUUGGUUGGCUGAAACCUGUAAUAGGUUCUCAGUAUUCAUUGGAGAAGGUGGCCCAAGCUCAUGAAAAUAUCAUCCAUAGCAGCGGGGCUACUGGGAAAAUGAUUCUUCUCUUAGAAUAAUUAAGUCUUUCAUGUAUUUCUUGUGCAGCUAGAAGUUUCCUGCCCCAGUUUUACUUCUACUACUUUCGCUCUAAUUAGCAUUCAUUUGAUUUAGUGAGUUUCUUAUAUUGAAAAA